GCGUGCCCCGCGGGCUGUGCCUGCACCGACCCGCACACCGUGGACUGCCGCGACCGCGGGCUGCCCAGCGUGCCGGACCCUUUCCCGCUGGACGUGCGCAAGCUGCUGGUGGCCGGCAACCGCAUCCAGCGCAUCCCCGAGGACUUCUUCAUCUUCUACGGCGACCUGGUCUACUUGGACUUCAGGAACAACUCGCUGCGCUCGCUGGAGGAGGGCACGUUCAGCGGCUCGGCCAAGCUCGCCUUCCUCGACCUCAGCUACAACAACCUGACCCAGCUGGGCGCCGGCGCCUUCCGCUCGGCCGGCAGGCUGGUCAGGCUGAGCCUGGCCAACAACAACCUGGCCGGCGUGCACGAGGCCGCUUUCGAGAGCCUGGAGUCGCUGCAGGUGCUGGAGCUCAACGGCAACAACCUGCGCAGCCUCAGCGUGGCGACCCUGGCGACGCUGCCCGCGCUCCGCACCCUGCGCCUGGACGGGAACCCUUGGCUUUGCGACUGUGACUUCGCCCACCUCUUCUCCUGGAUUCAGGAGAACGAGUCCAAGCUGCCCAAAGGCCUCGAUGAGAUCCAGUGCUCCCUGCCCAUGGAGAACAGGCGGGUCUUCCUGCACCAGCUGUCGGAGGCCAGCUUCAGCGAGUGCAAGUUCAGCCUGUCCCUCACAGACCUGUUCAUCAUCAUCUUCUCGGGCGUGGCCGUGUCCAUUGCCGCCAUCAUCUCCAGCUUCUUCCUGGCCACCGUGGUGCAGUGUUUCCAGAGAUGCACACCCAACAAGGACACCGAGGACGAAGACGAGGAUGAGGACGACUGAGCUGCCCCUUCCUGUUCCUCGCUUUCCGGAAGCCUGGGCAGUGGCUCCCUCCCAGAAGAGAGGGAAAGUUUGUGAAGGGAAAAGAAUCGACACCAUCAGUGCCCAGAACCAUGUCUGCUCCAUGACUGGCACCCUGGGCCCCCGGUGGGACC